AACUAUUUCCGCAAGUUUGGAGCCCGCGCCGCCGAAGAGAACAUAAAACCAGCCGCCUUCUUUGUUCUAUCACAUCGUGUUCAACUUUAGCUAAAGGAAGCACCAUGGCGGAUAAGAUUAGCAUGUCCCUGGACGACAUUAUCAAGAUGAACAAGAAGGGUGCCAGUGACGGCGGUUCGACUAGGCCGAGGGGAAGAUCAGACCGCGGCUUUGGGUCGUCGAGGCCGAUGCGGGGACGACAGAACAACUUCAACCGGGAUUCGUACCCCAGACCGACGCCGUACAGCAGGCCAAGAGAGUUGCCGGACAAAUGGCAGCACGACAUGUUCGAGGAUGAUUCAAGUAACAACGGCGUGCGCAGAAUAUCACCAGGCGUGGACAGAAGUGGAGACUCCAGCGGGAAGCUGUUGGUUUCCAAUUUGGACUUUGGUGUGUCUGACACAGAUAUUCAGGAGCUGUUUGCAGAUUUUGGAGCGUUGAAGAAAGCAACUGUCCAUUAUGAUCGCUCUGGUCGUAGCAAAGGAACUGCAGACGUACAUUUUGAAAAGACGGCAGAUGCGCUAAAGGCAAUGAAGCAUUACAAUGGAGUUCCACUCGACGGUCGGCCCAUGAAGAUCCAGCAGGUCAUGUCAGACUCGUACAGUAACAGCGGCAGCACUGGAGGUGGAUUCGACAGAAGCAGACUUGGGAAGCCCACGUUUGAAAGGAGUGACAGAGGUGAAAGGAGAUGGGGAGGAGGUCGUGGAGGAUCCAGAGGCCGGGGGCGGGGAAACGGAAGCAGACCUCAGAUGUCGGCAGAAGAGUUGGAUGCUGAAUUGGAUGCUUAUAAUGCUAAGAUGGACACCAGCUAGAAGAAUGCUGCGACCUGAUCUCUGUUUCGACUUAUAAGCAAACAUGCAACCUGUGAUUCAAUUUAUUUUAUGGACCACCAUGUUGUAUUUAAAUGUAUUUUUUUUAUUUUUUUUUUAUUUUUAUUUUUUGGAAGUCUGAUGUUCUAGGAUAUAUCUGUACUUUCUUUUUUUUCUUUUGAAAUGAAAUUGCUUUUCAUAGGAUUGUAACAUUGUCUGUUUUUAAAGAAUCAAUUGAACAUAAUUCAGUGGUUUGGUACAAUGUUUAUUUUGUUACUGUAAAUCAACACCGAUAUGGUAAUAGAUACUUGAUAUCUGGACAUGUUUUAAAGUUUUGUACAUAAAAAAAUCUCUCAAUUGU